AUGAGUGGCUUUGAGCCGAAGCAGAAGGGAUACUUCUCCGACGUACUCAACGAAAACGCUCCGACUGUGGAUAACUCAAAAUGCCCAGAAUUCAACCAAUCCCUACAGUGGGCAUCAUCCACUGAGGGAGAGACCCCGAAGGUCGAUAAUAUUCCUGAAAUGAAAAGCCACGGGCGAGACACUCGCCGAACGAUUCCGUCACAAUUUGCAGAGCAAUCUUCGCUGCCAAAAGUACAGACGCCCUGGUACAUUCCACCUGGGCAGGAGCCGCGAAAACUGGCUAUAGAAAGACGGAAGAGACAGUACAGAGACUGUCGUGGUACUAUUGAAGAAGGAAAACUUAACUCAUUACUAGAAAAACACAAUAUAAACCUCGAAAAAAUAUAUCCUGAUCCUGAAGCAUUGGAAAAGUUUUGCUUACCGCUUGAAGUAUUCGACAAUAACGACUGGGAUGAGAGAACUCCUGAGGAGUGGAACGAGCUGCGCCCCCUACCCUGCCGUGUCUACAUCGAAGAACUCGGCUGGCGCGAUGGGGCUGCGCUAGAACUAGUUGAGGGUUCGGCCUCUCCGGGAAAUAGCGGCGACUGGAGAGUGGCGAUCGAAGAAAACGGUGAAGUUGGUCAAGUUGAACUACCAAGAAUCUUGGUCCUCUUCCACGCAGAGAAUCCAAUGCACUUCGUCAAUCGCCUCGUAGAAGCCUAUCACGCUCGAGAGAAAACUGAGCUACUGCUCCAACAGCAGCUCUACAUCGAUUCGAUGCCACGAGAACGUGCACCAAUUCUCGACGAUCAAAUGAUUAAGGUUGUUCAUCGCAACGUCGAGGAAGAAUAUGCCGACGAGAUUGCAUUUGAAGUUGAGAUCAACAUGCAGCGGGCGGAAAACUCAAUCAUGUACCAGGCAGAAUCAGAUUCCAACCCUGCCUUGUUCGAGGCUCUCCACUGGAGAUAUCAGCAAAAACUUGCUGAAGCGAAAAAGAACCCUCCGAAAAAGCCGCAAUAUUUUUUCCAAAAAGCGAAGAACGAAUUCAACUUCUCAUCUUUGUUGACUCGUGCGGAAGUCAUUGAUGCCCUCGGACGCGUGAGAGAAGAGUGUAACAAAGUCAUCGACAUGCAGCUCUUCAACACGAACACUGGAAAGCCGCUAAGAAUCAACGAAUUCGAGCAGAGCCAAAUGAGCUCUUGUACGACGACGACUCUCUAUCUUGGUGACCCGUGGGUAUCAGCGAUUAAAGGUGGCGUCCGUGGUGCUCUUCAGUACAUGGGCAAGGGCUGGUUCAAUCUCAAAGAGAAUAACUACCACACUUACUCUCAAUCGAAAAUGUUCCUGCUACUAAAUGUGAUUCGAUUUAACAUGCAAGACGCUCUUCGCUACCUUGUCGAAGGGUCCUGUACGAACUUUGUCGAAAUGAUCACAGACUGCUGCGACCCUAUCCAAAAUAUCCCCCAAGAUUUCGAAUGGGGUCCUGAGCUGAAGAUUUCCAACUUUGUUCCUGAGCGUGCUCCAUUCCUGCUGAUGGAACUCCAACUUGGAAAAGAAGAAGUCAGCUACAAAGUACCAUACGAUGAUGUCAUCGAAACAAUCAUCAAAAUCUUCGAUCAAGCGAUCAACGGAACUCAAGCUGUUCCACAUAUUGAGCGAGGCGUCGUCGACAAAAUAUUUUGGAAAGGAAACUCCUUGCUAGAGAGCGUUGGAAAGAACGAACCACACAUUAUCAAAAUGCGCGAAGUGAUCACCGAAAAACUUGGCGAGUCUCUCGAUAUGCUCAAGGCUUACGCCAAAGAAUUCAACCAGUUCCUGGAGUUUUUCAAUUUGAAGAUUCCAGAGUAUCUCCAAACGUUGAAUCUCGAUGAGAUGAGUGCCAAAGAUAUUAAAGCUGCAGUUGAUGAGCAAUUCGCGUUGUCGAAAAAAGUACUUGCUGAGCUUCCGUCGAACCUGGUUAUUGGACCUUAUUUCGUUGUUGUCGAAAGUGUUCGUCAAAAUAUCGCUAAGAAACAUAAACAGCUUGGAGAUGCAAUUUUGGAGCUGCUUGUUCAGAAGCUUCGAACCCAAGGAGACGAAGCUUGUAACCUGUGCAAGAACAUCCAGCGCAGACUUGGUGAAAAACCUAUGACGAUUGAAGAUCUGGCCGAUAUGCGAGAAUACAUGGAAACCGUACCCGCUCAGUUGGAAGAGCUCACACUUGAAGUACAAGAUGCUGUCAAUGAUUACGAUCUGAUUGAAGAAUUCUACUAUCCGCUGUCACAAGACGACUUUAAUGUUCGAUGGGAAGCUGUGUUCUUCCCGGGUAAAUUAGAAAAACUGUUGGAGGCAACCUAUGGCACUUUGGACGUGAUCGAGCAAGACCUGAAGAAGAUUCAGAUGAAAGAUACCGGCGAGUUUCACGAGAAACUUGAGAGCAUGCAGAUGGCUGUUGCCGGUUUCUCUGCCUACACUGAUCCAGCAAAAGCUAACGAAGUUGCCAACGAAGUCCGAAGAACUGUCAAGUCUCUUAACGAAUGUCAAGAAUCUGCAAACAAGUACAAUGCGCGAGAACGUCUUUUCGAAAUGCCUGUCACCGACUACUCAAAGAUUCAAAAAUUGCAGCGCCAAUUUCAACCUUUCAAAGACUUGUGGUCUGCCGGUUCUGACUGGUCGCGAUGGUCCGAUACUUGGUUUAAUGACAGCUUGUCUGGAAUUGACCCUGAAUUGCUCGAGAAACAAGUCGAUGAAUGUUUUAGAACUUUCCACAAAGCUCAGAAAUCUUUCAAGGAUGUUCCGGCUGUUUUGAAUGUUGCUUCGAAUUUCAAACAGUCCGUCGAGGCGUUCAAGCCUUACGUCCCCCUUAUUCAAGGUCUGAGAAACCAGGGUAUGCGAAUCCGUCAUUGGGAGCAGCUUUCAGAAGAGCUCGGCUUCAAGAUCUCUCUGAAGAAAGAACUCACUUUCCAGAAGUGCUUGGAUAUGAAGCUCGAUACAUAUACUGAGCAAAUCAACAAGGUAUCAGAAGUGGCUGCUAAGGAAUACGCUAUUGAAACGGCACUCGAUAAAAUGGAGGAGCAAUGGAGACCGAUUCUCUUCGAAGUCCUCGAUUACAAAGAUACUGGUACUUACAUCAUCAAAUCACCAGAUGAAGCUUCACAGCUACUCGAUGAUCAUAUCGUCAUGACCCAGUCGAUGAAUUUUUCUCCUUUCAAGAAGCCAUUUGAAGAAAGAAUCCAAAAAUGGGAACUCACACUCCGAACAACCCAGGAUGUGCUCGACGAGUGGCUGACCUGCCAGCGAUCAUGGCUAUAUUUGGAGCCAAUCUUCUCAUCUGACGACAUUAAUCGACAACUUCCCGUUGAAGCAAAGCGAUAUCAGACUAUGGACCGAGCAUGGCGUAAAAUCAUGAAGAAUGCGUUUGACAAUCCAAAAGUCAUCGAAAUCUGUGCUGAUCAGCGUCUUUGCGACAAGCUCAAAGAAUGCAACAUGCUCCUCGAGCAAGUACAAAAGGGUCUCUCAGAAUAUCUCGAGACAAAGCGAAUGGGCUUUCCUCGCUUUUUCUUCCUCUCAGACGACGAGCUUUUGGAAAUUCUCUCACAGACAAAAGAUCCAACGGCUGUUCAACCUCACUUGCGAAAGUGUUUCGAAAACAUUGCUCGUAUCACAUUCGGUGACGACUUGCGAAUGACUGAAAUGACAUCUGCUGAAGGCGAAACUGUUGCUUUCUCUGAAGAAAUCUAUCCCCGAGGAAAUGUCGAAGAUUGGCUCACAGAAGUGGAGCGUGUCAUGGGCGCUUCUGUCCGUGAAUUCCUCCGAAUCGCUGUUGAAGCUUAUCCACAAAUGGAUCGAAACGAGUGGGUUCUCAAAUGGCCUGGCCAAGUUGUCAUUGCCGGAUGUCAAACCUACUGGGCUCAAGACGUUGAAAACGCUAUCAAAACUGGAACACUGUCCGAUUUCUGUGAAGUGUACAACGGAGCACUUUCCGGACUCGUUCAUCUAGUCAGAGGAAAACUUACCGGGCUUGAGCGAAUGAUUCUCUCAGCUCUCAUCGUCAUUGAGGUGCACGCUCGAGAUGUCACACUGGAAUUGAACGAACAAAAUAUCGCAUCUGUUAAUGAUUUCGAGUGGAUCUCACAGCUUCGUUACUACUGGUACGAUGGAGGACUCUUCAUCAGAGCUGUGAAUGCCGAGUUUCCAUACGGCUAUGAAUAUCUUGGUAAUUCUGGCCGUCUUGUCAUCACUCCUCUUACUGAUCGAUGCUACCUCACACUUACUGGUGCUCUCCAUCUUAAAUUUGGUGGCGCUCCUGCUGGGCCCGCUGGUACUGGAAAGACCGAAACAACCAAGGAUCUUGGAAAAGCGCUCGCUGUCCAGUGUGUUGUCUUCAACUGUUCCGAUCAGCUCGAUUUCAUGGCCAUGGGUAAAUUCUUGAAGGGUCUUGCUUCUACUGGUGCCUGGGCCUGUUUUGAUGAGUUUAACCGUAUCGACAUUGAAGUGUUGUCUGUCGUCGCCCAACAGGUUAUGACGAUCCAAAAGGCUCAGAUCGCUAAUGCUGAGACAUUCAUCUUCGAAGGUGUGGAAAUCCGAUUGAUCAACUCUUGCGCCGUUUUCAUUACUAUGAACCCUGGUUAUGCUGGUCGUACCGAGCUUCCCGAUAAUCUCAAGGCUCUCUUCCGUCCAGUCGCCAUGAUGGUGCCGAACUACACAAUGAUUGCUGAGAUUUCUCUGUACUCUUUCGGUUUCGAUGAAGCGAAGGUUCUUGCACACAAGAUCACCGCUACUUUCAAGCUUUCUUCCGAACAGCUAUCGUCCCAAGAUCACUACGAUUUCGGUAUGAGAGCCGUCAAAACGGUCAUUUCCGCUGCUGGUAACUUGAAACGAGAACACCCAGAGAUGAACGAAGAGUUGAUCUGUCUCCGAGCUAUUCGGGAUGUUAACGUUCCAAAAUUCUUGCUCGAUGAUUUGAAGCUCUUCCGCGGUAUUGUCAGCGAUUUGUUCCCUGGAAUCAAGGAGGAAGAAGUCGACUACGGCUCACUUCUUGAAGCUAUUCAAAACGCUUGUUACGAGGACAAGAUCAAACCAGUUGAAGGCUUCGUCAACAAAUGCAUUCAGCUUUACGAAACGACUGUUGUUAGACACGGUCUUAUGUUGGUUGGUCCCACUAUUUCUGGAAAGACAAAAUGCUCACAAGUGCUUGCAAAAGCGCUUACGUCACUCAAAGGAGAAGACUCCAUCUCAGGUGGUGUCUACGAAGAAGUACACAUUGAUUGUUUGAAUCCCAAGUCAAUUACAAUGGGUCAGCUCUAUGGUGAGUUCGAUCCGAUGACUCACGAAUGGACCGACGGUAUUUUGUCAACUCUUAUUCGCCAGGGCUGCGGCGCAACUAACAGUGACAAAAGAUGGUACAUGUUCGAUGGUCCAGUCGACGCUGUUUGGAUUGAAAACAUGAAUACUGUGCUUGAUGAUAACAAAAAACUUUGUCUUUCCUCUGGUGAAAUUAUCAAACUGACUCCACAUAUGACGAUGAUGUUCGAAGUCGCUGAUUUGGCUGUGGCUUCUCCUGCUACUGUAUCACGGUGUGGUAUGGUUUACCUCGAGCCCGGUGGAAUCGGACUCGAGCCAUUUGUAGACUGCUGGAUUAGUCAACUUCCGCCUGGAGUCGAUCGAGCAUGCUUGAAGGAUCUGUUUGAUACAUACAUGGAGCCAAGUAUCGAUUUUGUCAGACGCAAUCUGAAAGAAAUCGUGACCAGUGUCAAUGGAAACUUGGUAUUUUCUCUUCUUAAUUUGCUCGAUACUUUUGUUGAGCCACUGCGACCAAAAGAAACUGGUAUGCCAGCUAUGGGCGUUGAAGGCGGAAAGCGAGUUUCCGUGAGAAGAUCCACAACAUCAGCUGUUCGAAGUUCUACGAGCAUGAAGCGAAUCUCACCUGUUGCGAGAAAACGGCUCGAUCUUCUUGCUGAGCCUUGGUUCAUAUUUUCACUCAUUUGGUCAAUUGGUGGAACCACUGAUUCUGAAGGAAGAUCGAAGUUUGAUGAGUUCCUCCGAAAACUCAUGGCUGAGAAAGGCGCGAAAUUCCAAUUCCCCGAAGAUGGGGAGAUUUACGACUUUGUUCUCGCUGACGACUCUCUUGGCUUAGACAAGGAUGACGAUGAAGAAGAUGACUUCACACCAGAGUGGGUUUCAUGGCUCACUAAGGUCGACGAAUACACUGUUCCUGAAGGCGCAAACUUUACAGAAAUCUUGGUCCCAACUAUCGACACAAUUCGUCAAUCAAUCAUUCUCGGUCAACUUGUUAACUGCAACAAACAAGUUCUCGCAGUUGGUCCCACCGGUACUGGUAAAUCCGUCGUCAUUUCUGAUAAGCUUCUGACCGGCAUGUCUGACAAAUUCAUUCCAAACGUCGUGGUCUUCUCCGCAAAGACUUCCGCAAAUCAAACUCAAGAUCUUAUAGAUAGCAAGCUUGACAAGCGACGAAAGGGUAUCUUUGGCCCACCGAUUUCUAAAUAUGCCGUCUUUUUCAUCGAUGACUUUAAUAUGCCAGCGCUUGAAGAAUAUGGUGCUCAACCGCCCAUUGAAAUUAUUCGACAAUGGAUGGACUACAAGGGUUGGUACGAUCGAAAAGCCAUUGGCUCUUUCCGAAAUCUUGUCGACAUUGGAUUCGUCUGUGCUAUGGGUCCCCCUGGAGGUGGACGUAAUCCAGUCACCGCUCGACUUCUUCGUCAUUUUAACCAACUUGCAUUUACAGAAAUGGGUGACAAAUCAAAGGCCCGUAUUUUCGGUAAAAUUCUCGACUCUUGGCUUCCAGAAAGCCUUCUUGAAUUCAAAGAUCCUCUUGUCAAUAGUACAAUUGAUGUUUAUGGAACAGUCUGCAAGUCACUCUUGCCCACGCCAGCAAAGUCCCACUACACUUUCAAUCUUCGAGAUCUAGCUAAGGUAUUCCAAGGUAUGCUUAUGCAUGCUCCUAAAGAAAUCGAGGAUGUGCAAGUUCUCACAAAGCUUUGGUUCCACGAAGCUUGCCGAGUCUUCUCUGAUCGUCUUAUCAACAACGAGGAUCGAACUUGGUUCGAAGACCAGCUCAAGGGAAAGAUCAAUGACUCGUUUGGCCUCGAUUUCAAUGAAGUUGCUCCUCAUAAGCCUGUCAUCUUCGCAGAUUUCGUGAGCAACAACGGAGCUUAUCAAUUUGUCAAAGAUCACAAGAAAAUGAUCAACGUAAUGACAGAGAGUUUGGAAGACUACAAUGAAGUUUCCCAAGCGCAAAUGAAACUUGUUCUUUUCAUGGAUGCUGCUCAACACGUCUCAAGAAUCAGUCGAAUCAUUCGACAGCCACUUGGAAACGCUCUUCUCCUCGGUCUCGGUGGUUCUGGUCGACAAUCACUCACUCGUCUCGCGGCACACUUGUCUGACUACGAGUGCUUCCAGAUUCAGCUCGCUAAAAAUUAUGGCGUCAACGAAUGGCGAGAAGACAUCAAAAAAGUAAUGAUGCAAGCAGGUCUUCAACAAAAGGCUACAGUCUUCCUCUUCUCAGAUACUCAAAUCAAAGACGAGUCAUUCUUAGAAGACAUCAACGGUAUUCUCAACUCUGGUGAUGUUCCCAACAUCUAUGCCCAAGAUGAGCUAGAUAAAAUUUACAAUGCAAUGAAAUCAGAAUGCGCUAGUCUCGGUCUUGUCCCUACAAAAUCGAACAUGUUCAGCGUCUACACACGUCGGGUCAAGGCUAAUUUGCAUACAGUCGUAUGCAUGUCUCCAAUUGGUGACAUCUUCCGAGCGCGUCUUCGACAGUUCCCUUCAUUGAUCACGUGCUGUACUAUCGAUUGGUUCACCGAGUGGCCCGAUGAAGCCUUGCGGUCGGUCGCAAACACUUUCAUCGCUGACACUCCUGUUACAGAAGAUGUGCUCAAAGGAAUCAUCGACGUUUGCAUGCAGAUGCAUCAAUCCGUCGCCGUAGCUUCUGAAAGAUUCAAGGCUGAGCUGCAGCGUCAUAACUACGUCACACCAACAGCAUAUCUAGAUCUUCUCGCCCUUUUCAACAAACUCUACGGAAUCAAGAUCGAUGAGGUCCGAACUCAGCGUGAUCGAAUGAAGGUCGGUCUCGACAAACUCCUCAAAACCGCCGAGGACGUCGCAGUUAUGCAAGUCGAGCUCGAAGAAAUGCAACCCGAGUUGAAAAUUGCUCAGGAAAAGACGGCUGAGACGAUGGUGCAGAUAGAAAAGAUACAAUCAUUGCAAACGAGACAAAAGCAACUGUUGCUGUGCAAGAACAAGAAAGACGCCCAAAGAGAUUUGGAUGAAGCUUUGCCAGCUCUUGAAGCCGCCACUAAAUCGCUAAAAUCUCUCAAUACAUCUGAUGUCGUCGAAGUCCGAGCCAUGCAGCGUCCACCACCUGGUGUGCGAAUGGUCAUCGAAGCCGUCUGUAUUAUGUUCGAGAUCAAGCCUAAAAUGGUGGCGGGAGAGCAGCCUGGUAAAAAGGUUGCGGACUACUGGGAACCUGGCAAAGCCCUGCUUCAAGCUCCUCCAAAGUUCUUGGAAUCUCUUUUCAAAUACGACAAGGACAACAUUCCCGAACAUGUCAUUACGAAAAUCGCCCCGUACAUCGAAUCUGAAGACUUCCAGCCCGCUGCAAUCGCGAAAGCCUCAAAAGCCUGUACCUCGAUUUGUAUGUGGGUCAGAGCCAUGGACAAGUACCACCACGUCGCCAAAGCCGUCGAGCCAAAGCGACAAGCUCUCGCUGGCGCCCAAGCGGAACUCGCUGAAGCUCAAGAAAUUCUUCAAUCUGCUCAGGCGAAAUUGGCCGAGGUCGAAGCCGGUUUGAACAAGCUCAAUGCGGAUCUUCAUGCGACCGUUGCCAAGAAAGAAGAAUUGGAGAGAAACACGCAAUUGUGUCAGGACAGAUUGGUCCGAGCUGAUAAACUCAUCGGCGGUCUGGCUGGGGAGAAGGUCAGAUGGGCCGAAUCUAUCACAAAGUAA